GGUAACGUGAGUUGCCGAGUCGUCACACAAGGGUGAGCAAAUUCUCAACUUCUCUGCUAAAACAGCGUUCAAGACAGGGAAAUCAUGGCUCAAAUUUUUGGUAUCGACCAUAAAAUGUUUGCAAUAGGAUCGCUGGCCAUCACGUCGAGUGUUGCAGUUUACAGUACUUAUAAAUUAAUUUCCGAACGGAGACAACGAAAGAAGACCGUGGCAUCUGAGAAUGUCUACGAGACACAGAAACUUUUGAAUGAGUACUUAGUUUUUCACUUUGGUGCUCCAAAUGAAGUUUUAAGGUACGACUUUGGGCCAAAGGAUUCUCUGGAUUUUCCGAAAAGAUGUGCAGAUCUGUGUCUAUCUCACUACAAGCCACAGCAAGGUAUCCCAAACAGGGCACUUGAUAUUGGAUGUGCAGUUGGUAGAACAUCAUUUGAACUAGCUAGAGUAAUCAAUGAAGUGAUUGGUAUAGACUUUAGUCAGAAAUUUGUGGAUGCAUGCAAUGCACUCAAGGAAUCUGGAGAAAUGAAAUACUGGGUACUAGAUGAGGGUGCUCUUGUGACUGAUUUGAUUGCCAGAAUAGAUAGUGACAUCGACAGAAGUAGGACAUCUUUCCGCCAAGGAGAUGCAUGCAAUCUUCCUGUUAGCCUGGGUCAAUUUGGAUGUGUAUUUGCUGGAAAUCUCAUAUGCAGAUUACCUAAUCCAUAUGAUUUCUUGAAUAGACUUCCCACUCUUGUAGCUAGGGGAGGAAUUCUUGUCAUCACUUCACCAUAUACAUGGCUGGAAGAGUACACCCCCAAGAAUUUAUGGCUUGGAGGUUAUAUUGAUAAAAAUGGAAGGAAAGUAACAGGGUUCGAUAACUUAAAGAAAGUUUUGGGACCUGAUUUUGACCUACUUGAAGACAAAGAUAUGCCUUUCUUUAUUCGUGAGACAGCUCAUAAAAACCAGUGGACUGUUGCACAUGCUACAGUGUGGAGAAGAAAAUAAACACUACUAUAUAUUAUGAUUGUAAAAAUAGAGCAAAUGUAUACAGGAAUCUUUUUAGACAUAUUACUGCGUUUUGGUCAGUGAAGAUAUACUAUAAGGAAGAGGUAUCAUGUAGAGUUAUCUUAUCAUUAAUAAAUCUCUUUUGUUAUUAGUUAAAAGAUAUCAUAGUAUAAUGGUUAUGAUGAUUUCCUUUAAUUAUGUGAAGUUUUAGUAUCGUUUACAUUAUCAUCAUUUCCAGUUGUUUUACAGUAUUAUGCCUCAGUAAGAUAUUUUAUGUUGCUUUUUUGUAGAUAACAAAUGAAGCCUUGUAACCAAAAAACAUCUUACCAGAUAAAAGAUUUUGUCACUAAUGCUUGUAAUUUGAGGUUUAGAAUGUCAAGAUGACAUUAAAAAAGUAACUUUUUGCCACAAGAAACAUAAUUUGUUCCCAAUUUAUUUAAACCGGUGUUAAUGUCAGGGAUCUCAGUGGCUGUAUAAACUAAAUGAUUUUGCAUAAUUUUUUGUUUGGAAACUCUUCACUGCCACUAAUAUUGAUGAUAAGAUUUUUUUCUUCCAUAAUUAUUGACUAAAGCUUUAAAUCCAUAAAAAUAUUCAAUAGCUUUAACAUAGCAUUCAUAUGAAAUAAUGAGAUAUAAAUAAAAGGAAGUAGGAGAUAUGUGAUUAAACUUGUUAAGAGUAUUUUAUAGACGAAAUGGGAGUUAAAACCCAAUGUGUAUUAUAUAUUUCAUAAGCUGUUUACAAAUUGGGAAGGUUCUAAAAGAUUUAUAGGUUCUUUUUCAAGUGGUGGUAGAUGGUAGUAUAAUUGAGACAAUAUGGCUGCUGUCAAUUAUGUAACAAAUUAUGUAUGUGUUUGUGUGUUAUUAAUACAGGUUUGCAUACAGUACAGCACAGCUAUACUUUCUGAUGGAAUUAAUGUCCAUAUGUUAAACAAUUUAUUGCAAGAAAAUUACCCCAGAAGUGAUUGAUACCAUUGCAGAUUCCUACCUGAAAACCUAUAAAUAUUCAUCAAUAAAAGAACAGAUUUUAACCGAUUUCUUUGCUUUUGUGUUUAUACCUAUUUCUUAAGCAAGACAUUGUGAUCCAAUAACUUGAAGAACUAGUUUUAACAAGAAAAGGUUAAUUGUAAAACUGAGCGUGAUUUCCUCUCAAUACAAUUUAGAUACCAAAUCCACAUCCUAUUCAAAAUCUACAAGUUUAAUCCUUUCCCAUCUCUAAAACAAAAUACAAAUGAAAAUAUAAACCACCAACUUCUGAAUUUCUUUUUUAUUAUUAUUCCCUAUUUAAAACCUCAUGAAACCUUGUAAUGUUUUAGUCAGAGAAUAUGUAUUGUAGUAGUGUUUUGGUCAAUGAUGCUUAUAAAUAAAUACAAAAUAUUAUUUUACUAGAAACUAAAAAUAAAUAUAUUUAUCCUGCCAUGUCUAACACAUACAAAUAGCAGCUUAUUUACAAAAUCACCUUCCUCAUCUAAAGAAAAUAUUCUCAGAAGCAAGCACUUACAAAAAAGUACCAGCAAAAAAACAUGCAAAUUACAAUCAUGACUUUUUCCAGUUGUACUUUUUUAAAAUCUUUUUAUAACUCCUUAUUUUCUAAUUAUCAAUCACAAAGAGUAUUUUUUCAUGAAAGAAAAGUGAAAAUCAUUUCAUCAUCAUGUGAAGCAGAGAUCAAAGCAAUUGCACUAGUACAGAAAUGCAUCAACCUUUUUAACAAAAAAAA